AUGGGGUCCAUCAACAAGCAAAUCUCUCGCUAUGAAAUCACCGCUGUUUUCACCCAUCCUGACGCCACAGUCGAUGUCGUUCUGGUCCAUGGCCUCAACGGUGACCCCCAGAAAACUUGGUCUUCUCUUGACGGCAAAGGCGUCUUCUGGCCUGCCGAUCUACUGCCACAGUCCCUGGGGAAAAUCCGCGCCAACAUCCUGGUCUACGGCUACAAUGCAGACGUUUACACAACUUCCAAAAGUCGCAAAAGUGCCAGCAACAACUUCAUCUCCCAGCAUGCCCAGACUCUAGUCACCAACCUCACCCUUUACCGCAAGAGCGAGCGGACGUCCAGAAAUCCCAUCAUCUUUGUGGCGCACAGCCUCGGCGGUCUUCUCGUCAAGCGUGCUCUUCUCUACUCCAACGACGUUACAGACAGAAACCAAGAGGACGCCAGGUCCAUCUUUAUCUCGACCUAUGGCAUCAUCUUUCUGGGCACUCCCCACGCCGGUUCGGACAUGGCAACAUGGGGAUUCGUCCUGCAGAGAAUGGCAGAUGCCAUCGCACCCAGAAAAGUGUUCGAAAGCGAGUCGAUCCUCCUCAAAACCUUGAAGAAAGACAAUGAGACCCUGGAAUCCAUCAGCAAUCACUUUCUCGACAUCUACCAGCGUUUCAAGAUCCACAUGGCCCACGAAAACCACAAGACCGAUGUCAAAGGCACAAAAAUGAUAGUAGUAGACACAGCAUCGGCAGGCCCCCAACUACCAGGCGUCAUUUACUACGGCGUCGAAGCCACUCAUUCCGGCAUGUGCAAAUACGACAGUACCAGUGCGCCCGGGUACAGAAAUGUAUCGACUGCCAUACGAGACUGGGCAGAAGAAGCCCCGGCAGUGAUUCGGACUCGUUGGGAGAUCGAGAGUAACAAUAUGAGUGUGAGAGCGCAAUCUGAGGCCGCUGAGAGGACCCGUGGCUAUAGAAGCCCCACGGAAAUAUCUUUGCCAGAUACCAGAAUCGCUCAAGCUACUGAAGUCGCAUCACCAACUGGAACUACCAGCACUACAUACUACUACUCCCCGUCGGGCUCAGUGCAGGAAACCUCGACCCCACGCCCUCUUUUUGUCCACCCUGACCGGUUCCGGCCGAAUUCGUUCUUCAAGGGGCGCAAAGACGAACUGCACAGUCUCCACAAGCUAUUGACGGACCCCAGGAGACGAUCAGAGGGUACCUCUGCCGUGCUCGUCCAGGGCAUUCCCGGGGCUGGCAAGACACACUUGGCUCGUCAGUAUGUGUUCAACCACAAAGAAGACUAUCCAGGUGGCAUAUACUGGAUUCGAUCGACCACGCUGCAAGAUAUGGAGGACGGUUUUUGGCGUAUCGCCAGAACCGAGGCUAUCAGGGGCAUGGCCGCUCAAGAAGAAAAGAAGGACUUGUCGAACCCUCAAAAGAUGGUGGAGAUUGUAAGGAGUUGGUUCAACGAGUCAAAAAACUGGCUACUGGUAUUCGACGGCAUUCGGUUUGGUGACGACGCUGUGCUCGACUUUAUACCCGAUAGACCAAACAGCAGCCUCAUCUACACGUCAACCGAGCGCGCGGAACCUGGCGCAUAUCGACUGGAUAACCCUAGCAUCCUGAAGCUGGGUCUACUUCCGGUCCAGGAUGCGCAAGAGCUGUUGCUCGAGGAGAUGGGAAGGAAGCAGCCAUACACGAUUGAUGAUCUCAGGCGGGCCCAAGACCUGGUUCAGCUGAUGGGUCGUCUACCUUUGAUGAUCCAUGCUGCUGCAUCACAGAUGAACGCCACACGAGAGCCCCUUGCAAAGUAUUUGAAGUCGUUUCGGGAUACGCCAAAAGUGGGAGUUCUUCCGGCCUACAAGACAAUUCGAGACCAGCUGCAGAAACGAGGUGACAUUACUGCGCUGAAUCUUAUAUACAUACUCUCUUUCUUUAGCCAAUCGAUGCCAGUCGAGAUGCUGGUACUUGGGCUCAAGGCCCUCGACAAGCGAACGCCGUUGAAGACGGCUACCGCUCGCCACAAGCGAAGCUUGACGCAGACGUUCGUCACUUUAAUCAAUUUCGCUCUCGUGGAGCGGAACGAGACGGAUGAUGUUCCUUCCUCAAGCUCACAAAGCUCGCGUCAAAGCGUCGACCUCAACCCUGAGCCCUUGGACACUCUUCGUGUCCACAGCAUCGUCCAAGCAUUCUUCGUCGAGCUUCUUGCCGAAGAGGAGCAGUUGGAGUUCUGGCUGGAGCGCGCAGUCCGAGUCUUCUGUCACUCAUUUGACGAAGCUUAUGCCAGAAUAAGUCAGGAUUCUGACACAGGCUUGCCGGACGACUACCGGCAAUACAUAAGGCAUGGAAAGAAGUUGAUGGAGCAUCUCGAUCGUUACAAGCAUUCGAACAUCUCUGAAAAAGCUAGGGGCCAGACCAACCUGCAACAGUAA